GCCGCCCGCGACUGGCUGUGCCCGGCGCGGGACUUAAUUGGGGAGCCCCCCUCGGCCUCGGCCCAGCAUGCCCUGCCCCGGCGCUGGCCCUCCCGGCUUCCUGGCCCUCUUGGCCCCUGGGCUGGCGCUGCUGGCUCACCUCUCGCUCCCCUCCCAGGCCGGCGUGAGGCGCCUUCCCGCCGGCACCAGCCCUCGGGGCGCCCCGGGCAGGACGCUCAUCCUGCUGGACGUGAGCGCCAGGAGCCCCCUCCGCGUCACCAGCCCGAACUUCCUCUCGCUGCAGCUGGACCCCUCCAUCCUCCACGACGGCUGGCUAGACUUCCUCAGCUCCCGGCGCCUGGUGACCCUGGCCCGUGGCCUGGCGCCCGCCUUCCUCCGAUUCGCCGGCAAGAGGACCGACUUCUUGCAGUUCCAGAACGUGAAGAACCCGGCCAAGAGCCGCGGCGGACCCGGACCCGAUUACUACCUCAAGAACUACGAGGACGACAUCAUUCGCAGUGAUAUUGCCUUGGAUAAGCAGAAAGGCUGCAAGAUUGCCCAGCACCCAGACAUCAUGUUGGAGCUACAGAGGGAAAAAGCAGCUCAGAUGCACCUGGUUCUUCUCAAGGAGCAGUUCUCCAACACUUAUACAAAUCUCACACUAACAGGCAAAAGCCGAGUGGACCCUGCAGUGCUUCUGUUGGAGAUGCCCUGAGGAGGAAUUUAUUGCCAUAAAGGACAUGACCUGACUGUAGGCUCAAUAAUGACAGCCAGAUGUGCUGCUGCCACCACCA